AUGUCAUGUACUAAAAAACACGAAUGGUGUUCGUCCUCGAUUCCCACCACAUUGUGUCCCUCAAAUGCUGACAAAUCGACACAACCUUGCCCUCUUCCAUCGUCGGUUUGUGCCUCAACAUUAUUGAUCACUAGCAGAAACAGUCAUAGUGUUCCUAUCAAUACUGAUAUCAUAUCGUCAGCAUUCGACUCAAAAGAAGAGAGCCAACUAACAACAUAUGUGCUAUCGUCUUCAUUAGACCAUUCGCAAGACUAUUAUACAAGGAAACGCAUUGAACAAUUGCAUAAAAGAAUGGAUGAUAUACAAAUAUCGAGUUUUUUAAAAUUUAUCAACUAUCAUUUAUCAUCGAAGAAUGAUCAAAAGCUCGUUAAAGAUCUUUCACAAGAUUUAGCCAAUGGACAUGUAUUAAUUGAUUUAAUUGAAAUAUUUUCAUCGACGAAAUUAAAACGAGAACAUGGUCAUACACGUUUUCAUUCAUUAACAAAUGUUCAAUAUGUCUUGGACUAUUUAAAAUUGCAUAUGCAACAUAUAAACAUAUCUCCGCAUGAUAUUGUUUCAGGAAAUCGUAAACAAAUUUUAGCAUUGCUUUGGAUAAUUAUGAAAAUAUUCGAUUUCCCAUCAUUUCAUAUAGCAACAAAUAAACAUAUUUAUAAUGAAAAUACAAUAUUUUCCUAUGGACAACAUCGUAGUGAUCUACUCAAAUGGACAAAUAGAUUAUUAAAUAAAAUUUUAAAUUCAAAAUUAAUCUAUAUUAAAGAUUUUUAUUUAAAAACAUGGAUUGAUAGUUCAUAUUUAUCGUUGAUCAUUAAAUAUCUUUGUCCGUUCAGUUUAAAAUAUGGAACAACAGAAUAUUUCGAUUAUUUAAAACAACUAGAGGAAUUAAAUCCUAUUAAUAAACAACAGCAUUUUGAAUUAUGUUUAAGCCUAUCGAAUUAUUGUUUUAAUACAAAUUCAAUUAAUGAUUUUGGUGAUCGAACGGAAAAAAGCCUAUUGAGAUUUUUUUCUGAUUUAAAACAAAAUAUUUUGUUUAUUCUAAAAUCUAAUCAUAUUGGAAAAUUAACAAAAACGAAUCCUUAUACCAAACAAUUAUAUGAUACUGUUUUAGAAACAACAAAUAUAGAACAUUCACAAACAAUAAAUGAAGAUGAUGACUAUUUAAUUUAUGAUGAAGAUAAACAACAAGAAUCAAUAAAUCAAUCAGAGAUUUUUCAAAGUUCGACUAAUGAUGCAGAAGACGAUCGAGUUCGGACGCGAGAAGAAAAUACAAAUUUAACUGAACCAAUCGAACAGUCAAUAGAUGAAAUUAACAACACAGAGGAAUCUGUUGUUCAUGCAGAAUCACCAUCCUCUCCGAUUGAUCCAGCAAAUGUUGUUCAAGAACAACAGCCCGCUUGUCAAAAUCUAAUCGAAGCUGUUGCAUCUAUUAAUGAAUCCAUUGAAAAUCUUCAUAAUCAAAGUUGUUUACGAACUCGUAAAAUAAAAAAGAAAAAGUCGGCAAUCUCCGUUGAAAAACUUGCAGCAACGUAUGUUUCAACACCAUCAUCGAACGGCGAUCUUUUCAUUAAACUAAUUGAAUGCGUGCGCGAUCCAAAAUUAAUUGCAUUCAAAUAUAUUCUGCUUCUUGCUUGCGUUUGUUUUUCAAUACUUAUUAUUUUUAUUCACAAGUGA